AUGAGUGGAGCCUUUGCUGCCUACAGCAGUAUCGCGAUAUGCACUGUCAGCAUUGCGGCCACGCUUUUCUACGUGCCAUUGUUUAUUUCACGAAUUGAGGGAAUCAGAGCUAAUUUGGCUUUCAACAUGGAGGAGUUCAACACCCUACAGGCCGAGGUUUGGGGCGAUAUGAUCAAUGUCAGAAGCGAGAUUCCAGGAGCAAAACGCAACAUCGUGAAAAGACAAUCGACCGAGCAAUGCAACUGUGAUGAACAGAACUUGUGCCCAACUGGACCAAAAGGACGUCCGGGACCUGACGGACUUGACGGACUUCCUGGAACUCCAGGAGAGCAGGGAGAGCCAGGACUUCCAGGAAUCACGCCAAAGGCUGAUGUCAAUAGGGAUGGCUGCCGUGUCUGCCCACCAGGACCACCGGGGCCACCAGGAUAUCCAGGACAGCCGGGACCACAAGGACUUCCAGGAGGUCAAGGAGAACCAGGAGAUGCUGGACGCCCAGGACCUGUCGGACCAACAGGACCACCAGGCGACAUGGGAAUGAUGGGAGACGCAGGAAAGGAAGGAGAGAAGGGAUUGCCAGGACGCGAGGGAAUCCGUGGAGAAAAGGGACCAUCUGGACCACCGGGACUUCCAGGACUUGUCGGGCCAAAGGGAUUCCAAGGAAACGCUGGACCACCAGGAAAUACUGGAGAAAUCGGACCAGAGGGAGACCAGGGACCACCAGGAAAGAAUGGAGCACCUGGAUACGAUGGUGGUAUCGGAAACUAUGGAGAAUCUGGACAGCCUGGAGAGGACGCCGGAUACUGCAAGUGUCCAUCAAGAAAGCCAAGAAAGCAUUAA